CCUCUAUUUAAAACCUUUUCAUGGUUUCUCAGAGACAUGCCUAGAAGAAAAACAACACAAACGAACAGAGAAAAAGAGUUUGGUUGAUUGAUUGAAAAAACAGCUUUGAAAAAUGGAUAUGCAGUCGCAGAUGACACGUCCUUAUGGUCAUGAUCAAGCAGAGGAUCCAAUCAGAAUCCACCAUCCAGAGGAAGAAGAAGAGCAUCAUGAGAAGGGAGCAACUAAAGUUAAAGUGUUACAGAAAGUGAAAGAAAAGGCCAAGAAGAUCAAGAACACUCUUACUAAACAUGGUCAUGAGCAUGAUCAUGAUGCGGGCGAAGAAGACUACGAAUAUGACGAGCCAGAUCCAGAAGUGCACGGCGCACCAGUGUAUGAGUCAUUUGUCGUUAGAGGAGGCGUAACGGGUCACCCUGAGUCUCUGUCUCAUCCCGGAGAAACUAAUCUUCCGGCACCGGAGGAGAUUAUUCCACCGGGGACAAAGGUUUUUCCUGUCGUGACAACAGAUUACACCAAACCCAUUGAACCUGAGCCAUUACAAGAUAUCUCUUAUGAACACGACGCACCGUCUCAUCCUGAUAUGUCGGAGAGGGAAGAGAGAAGAGAUGCACCAUCUCAUCCUCUCAGAGUUUUCGACAAGUCAGAGAGAGAAGAGAGCAGAGAGGAUCAUCAGAUGCCCAUGCACACUCCCGCCUCUCUGCUUUCUUCAACGGAGGAUGUGACGAGGACGUUUUCUCCCGGUGACGAUGAUGAAAAUCUCGGCGGUCAACGGAGAGUCAACAUCGGCAGGCCUAGAGGGUUGGAGGAAGAUCCGGGCGCUCCAGGAGGAGAAUCUGUAUCUAAUUAUCAGACCAAGGUUACUGAUCCCACUCAUCAAGGAGGUGGAGAAGCUGGAGUACCGGCGAUUGUUGAGUCUCUGGGUAAGAUGAAAGUGAGAGAUGAGUCGCCUGUUCAUAAAUCAGGACGAGAUUUUGAAAGAGAGAUUCCGACAAGAAGCCAUGAGUUUGGUCUGAAAGACGAACACGCAAUCGGGAAGGAUUCUGCGGCGGGAUUUGGAGGGGAAUCUGAAGAUGGGAUGGGAAAAUAUUUUCGGACAAGAAGCCAUGAGUUUGGUCGGGAGGACGGUUCUGAAACAGACAAGAACUCGGCGACGGUUUUGGCCAGCGGAUCAAUCGCUGGGCUGGGGGAAGAUUUUCCGGCGAAGAGCCAUGAGUUUGGUGUGAAGGAUACGGCCAAGGGAUAUGGUGAGGAAACAGGACCUGGACUGGAGAAGCAUUUGCCGCCGAUAAGUGAUGAUGUGAAAGUAGAGAAUGUCUUGGGAAGAGACUUACCGACGGGGACUCAUGAUCAGUUCUCACCGGAACUCUCUCGUCCGAAAGAGAUAGAUGACUUCAAGGAGACGCACGAGUCAAAACCCACUACCUACACAGAGAAGAUAGGCUCAGCGACUUCGUAUGUAACCGACAAAGCUGUAGCGGCGAAGAACGCUGUCGCCUCAAAGCUUGGAUACUCCGGAGAAAGCGGUGGGCAAGAGCAGAGUCACGUUGGAGAUGAGACAACUCCAAGAUCUGCAACGGGAUACGGGCAGAAAGUGGCGGGAACUGUGGCGGAUAAGUUGACUCCGGUUUAUGAAAAGGUCAAGGAGACAGGAUCCAACGUGAUGACGAAAUUGCCCCUUUCGGGAGGUGGAAGCGGAGCUGAGGAGAAGCAACACGUGGGAGAAAAAGGUGCGUCCACUAGAGACUACUUGGCGGAGAAGCUGAGACCUGGAGAGGAAGACAAAGCAUUAUCCGAGGUGAUUGCUGAGAAACUUCAUCUCGGAGGAGGAGAUAAGAAGAGGACAACGGUAAAGGAAGUGGAAGUGACGGUGGAGAAGAUCCCUACCGACCAGAUAUUGGAGGGAAGAGAACAAGGCGUGUCCUUCACAGACGAAGGAAAAGCAGUAGGAGGAGGAGGAGGAAUGGUGGGGAAGGUUAAAGGAGCUGUCACUUCUUGGCUAGGUGGCACAACAGAGCACGUGAAGCCGAAAUCUUCAGAUUCCGUUGAGGACGAGUCUUCACAGUCACUUGGCUCCACCGUUGGGACUACGGGGUUUUCGGAUUCCGGUGGAACUCUGCCGGGGCAGAGGGGACUUCAAGCUUCUGGAAACUGAGAUUGAUGUUUUGCUUUUGAAUGUUUAAUGUAUGUUGUUGGUUGAUGGCUCUGUCUGUGGUUUUCAUGUAUUUUGAUGCAAUCCUUGUUUUGUGUAAAAAUAAAAUAAAAAUGGAAAUAUUUGCUUGCAA